AUGCCCUCUCAUCUCCUCACAACCACAAUUAACGACCUUCUAUAUCCUUUGCCCACGGAGUCAAAAAUAUCAUCGCCUCCUUGCGCCCUUCCUCAAGGCCAUCAUCUUGUCUACUUCCCCAUCCAAUUGCCCCCCUCGCGUCUCAUUCCUGAUGGCGCAGAUCCUGAUCAUUCACCUGGUCCGCCUUAUACGCGGCGUGUAUGGGCAGGCGGUGAGGUUAUCUUCAGAGGAGAUGAGAUGAAACUCGACGCGAGACCGGCGAUCUGCAAGGAAAAGAUUGAGGAUGUUACCUUGAGAGGCAAAGAGGGCGAGGAGAAGGUGUUUGUUGAUGUGUGGAGGAAAUAUGGAACUGGUCACGAGAUUGAGGGGAGAACAGAGUGGGAUAUCGAAGAGAGGAGGACGUUGGUAUUUAUGAGGGACGAAGAAGGGUCUGCCUCAUCACCUUCACGUUUGCUCAAGUACCCUCAACCACCAAGUUACUCAAUCUCGCUCACACCUUCACCAAUACACCUAUUCCACUUCUCAGCGCUCUCAUUCAACGCCCAUUCUAUUCACUUCGAUCCUCAGUUCGCGCGAGAAGUUGACGGUCAUCGAGCACUUCUGGUCCAUGGCCCGUUCACUCUUGCUCUGAUGCUUCGCGUCCUCAACGAUCAAAUCGGUGCUGGUGUAGCCGUCCACAGGUUCAGCUACAGGAACUACGCGCCUUUGUACGUCAAUGAGCGCAUGAGCAUCAAUAUCCGCAAGGUGUCGAAAGAAGACGGCGCUGAAGGACGAUGGGAUGUUUGGAUUGAGGGGCCAGAAGGAGGAAUGGCUGUUAAGGGAACAGCGGAUGUUGCCAGCAAAUAA